CUUAUCUUCUUUCAUCUACCCCAGAAGAAAACACCACAAUCACACCAAAAUGGGCUGGUUCCCAAGCGGCCUCGAAGAAGACUCCACCAAAUGGCGCUUCGACAUCAUCCCCCUGCUGGCGGUGAUCGGCAGCUCCGCAAUCCAAAAACACAUGCAAGCCAUCACCGCCUCUCCGUUUGCCAUUUUCCCGCGAUUAAUGCCCGCUCCUGAAUCGCUCCUCGAUACCGAUCGCCCAACACGUCCGCCCUCCGUUAAAGAUGUCAAAAUCGUCGGUGUGAACUCCGGCAUCGAACUAGACGAAUUGAACUUCUUCGCCAAUCUGAUCCACAAUGUCGAAGAUAUGGAGAAAUAUGAAUUCCGGGUGUAUCGGAUCAGCUACGCGAUGAGGGAUACCGAGGAUGGAUUGGAGGGGAAAAUCGCAUCCCCACCAACGUUUUGUUGGUUGAAUUUCGUCACUCUAGUAUCGAUUCUCAUCACCGUUGGGCUGUAUAUCUGGGCCGGGUGUAUUCAUGAUGGUACGGCGUUGGUCGGUCUAGCUACCAUGUCUUGUUCGACCAGUGUGGCGAGUUUAUCCUCGCGGUGGUAUCCCCGACUCAGUGGUCGGACGUCACAGGCGGAGGUUCCCAGUGGGGAUAUCAUUAUUCGGACGCGCGCGGGGGCGUUUAUUCUCGUCUAUGGAGAUGAUAAUGUCAUUCGGGAGCUUUAUGAAGGGAUGGAGGAUUGUGAGUAUAUGUAUAAGGGGAAGAAGCAUCACAGGUUGUUAGGCACGAGUACGGUGUUGCUCAUGGCUUCGAUUAUUCUUCUGAGUAAUUGUGGGUCGGUUAUGCAGAUUGCUAUCGGUGUUGCUUAUAUUAUUUUGAAUAGCCUGUAUUGGCUGUUGGCAUUGUUGGUUGAGCCUCGUGAUUUGUGGGAUAUGAGCAGGUAUAAUAUUGAGUUUGUCGAGGGACGCCCGGGUGAGACCUAUACGGAGACGUUGUGGUCUGUGAUUAAUAUGUCCGGGAGUAUUGAUUGGGUCGCGAAUGGCGAAUUCUUGCCCUCUACGCCGGCUUGGGAUCAGUGGUUGCAGGAGGCAAAGGAGAAUAUUGGGAAGGACUGGGAUCCGGUUAGACGGAAGGAUGAGUUGAUGAAUCCGGGGUUGGCGUAUCAUAAUGGGAGAUGGUUUGAUUAAGAUAG